AUUGUUAAACACGUUGUCCAGCAAUGUAUGUAAAAGAUGGAAGUGACGUAGCGGGAGGGAAGGGGAUCCAAGUGCGCAACGCGGGAUAAAAAUCGUUUCGCGCCGUCAUUGGGGGGCGCGUGAGCUUCAGCAAAGACAGCCCUUUGGCGCUCGCUUCCUCUCCUCUCUUUCGCUCUCCCUCUCUCUCUCUCACUCUCGCUUUCCUUUCUCGGGGGGAGGCCUUCGAUCUUCACGUUUGGUAAGACUGCAGCUCCAACCAGUGUGAUUGGCAUUGUCGCAGUCGAUUUCGGGCGAGCAUGGGUAAUGCACGUGUCCUUUCUGCUAUCACGCGAACAACCCCAUACAACAAGAACAACCAAAGCAGUAGCAGCGCCCCCCUCACGAAUUGUGCCCUCACUACUACCACCACAACAACUACAAUCACAAAUAAUACCAACACCACCAACAAUUUACUGCUGACCUCUGAAACUUCUGCCACAAGUAAAACAACAACAACAAGAAACACUUCUACCACCUUAACCAGCUGUAAUCGUCGCAACAAAAAAGUGGCCAGCUGUGCGGGACAUAUUAUCAAUAAUUUACGUCAUCAGCACAAUUUUCAUCAUUUUAAUAUCAAUGAAAAUAAAUACAUUAAAUUACCAUCAAUAACGAUGGGCCAUAAACGGCCGUUUCGGCUCCUUGGACUUGCUCUUAUCAUUAUUAUCGUAACAUUAUGUGAUCGCGUCAAGGCCGAGGUCUUCACCAAUACCUUCCUGGUGAAAAUGCGCGAACCGGCCGAACGACACGUAGCCGAUUUUGUCGCUGCCCGAAACGGUUUCGUCAAUCUGGGACCGCUUCUGGGAAGUCAAACGGAAUAUCAUUUCGUUCAUAGGGCCCUACCACACGCAAGAAGCAAAAGGUCCGUCCCACACAUGAGAAAGUUGAAAGUGGAUCCUUUGAUUCACACAGCUGUUCAGCAACAGGGAUUCAAGAGAGUUAAACGAGGCUAUAAACCAUUGAGUGUCGAUAAAUUAGUGCCAUUGUAUCAAAUGAGCGAUCUCUCGAAUCCCGCCAGUCGAGAUCCAACGGAUCCAUAUUUUCAAUAUCAAUGGUACUUGAAGAAUACGGGACAAAAUGGCGGUAAACCAAAACUCGACUUAAAUGUUGAGUCUGCGUGGGCGCAAGGUGUGACUGGAAAAAAUGUUACAACUGCUAUUAUGGACGAUGGUGUUGACUACAUGCAUCCAGAUUUGAAAUUUAAUUACAAUGCUCCGGCUUCCUACGACUUCAGUAGUAAUGACCCUUAUCCUUAUCCAAGGUACACGGACGAUUGGUUCAAUAGUCAUGGAACGAGAUGUGCUGGUGAAGUGGCAGCCGCAAGAGAUAAUGGAGUUUGCGGUGUUGGUGUGGCGUACGAUUCAAAAAUCGCUGGCAUUAGAAUGUUGGAUCAGCCAUAUAUGACGGAUUUAAUUGAGGCCAACAGUAUGGGACAUGAACCAAAUUUAAUCGAUAUUUACAGUGCAUCAUGGGGCCCAACUGACGAUGGAAAGACAGUUGACGGUCCCAGAAAUGCCACCAUGAGAGCAAUCGUACGCGGAGUGAAUGAGGGGAGAAAUGGUCUUGGAAAUAUUUAUGUGUGGGCUUCGGGCGACGGUGGCGAGGAGGAUGAUUGCAACUGUGAUGGUUACGCUGCCAGCAUGUGGACCAUUAGCAUAAAUAGUGCAAUCAACGAUGGUCAAAAUGCCCAUUACGAUGAAAGUUGUUCGAGUACAUUAGCCUCAACGUUCAGUAAUGGAGCUAAAGACCCCAACACUGGAGUGGCGACAACUGAUCUUUAUGGAAAAUGUACAACAACUCACAGUGGCACAUCUGCAGCAGCACCGGAAGCUGCGGGAGUUUUUGCGCUUGCUCUUGAAGCAAAUCCACAAUUGACUUGGAGAGACAUUCAACAUCUGACAGUAUUAACUUCAAAGAGAAAUUCCCUCUUCGAUGCUAAUGGAAGAUUCGAUUGGACGAUGAAUGGCGUUGGAUUGGAAUUCAAUCAUCUUUUUGGCUAUGGUGUUUUAGACGCUGGUGCAAUGGUUGCACUUUCAAAAAAAUGGAAAACCGUUCCUCCACGUUAUCACUGUGAGGCUGGUGUUGUUAACACGCCUAUGAAAAUUCCAAGUAAGGGUUCAAUUUAUUUAAAAAUCAAGACGGACGCUUGUGCGGGUACAGAUUUUGCUGUAAAUUAUUUGGAACACGUACAGGCAGUUAUUUCCGUAAAUUCAAGUCGACGAGGAGACGUGGAAUUAUUUUUGACAUCUCCAAUGGGAACAAGAUCAAUGAUUUUGAGCAGGAGAGUUAACGAUGACGAUCACAGGGACGGAUUUACGAAAUGGCCGUUUAUGACGACUCACACCUGGGGAGAAUAUCCCCAAGGAAACUGGCAGCUUGAGGUGAAAUUUCACUCGUCUACAGUUCAGAAAGGUUGGUUCAAGGAGUGGACCCUGAUGCUGCAUGGCACAAGAGAUCCACCAUACACCGGAUUACCGGCGGCCGAUCCUCACUCUAAAUUAGCAAUAGUGAAAAAAGCCCAUGAAGAACGAUUGAAUGAGGAUUAAUUUCUUACUGACAGAUUCAAAUAACAAACAAAAAAAGAGAAAAAAAGAAGUAACAGAGGAACGAUUUUUCAAAAAACUUAAUAUCUCUAGUCCCGGCAGUCCUUAUAAUAUGUCCUCAUUUUUUCAAGAAAUUUUUUAUAUUUUUUACAAGAAUACAUCUUGAAAACUAUAUAUACUGAUUGAUGCUAUACAUUGGGUACUAAAUAUUAUCGUAUAUAAUAGAAUUCCACUGAGAACAUCCUUAUUGCUAUUGUAUAAGAAUUCAUGCAUCAUUCUCAAAAGAAGAAAUUUUUAUUCCGAAAAAUUCAAAUUUAGUUUAAAAAAAAAUUUUUAAAAGCUUUUUUACUUUUUAC